AGUGUUGGGAUGUGCGUGGAAUGUGCUGCUCGGUUUCUCUACUUGUCUUUACCACAUUCAUCACUGUAUUGUGGCGGUAACCCCUAACAUGUCCGAGCGAACCUCACAGAAUUUAUUAGCUUUAUAUCCUAAAUAUUAAUUAUGACAAACUAUUUUCGUAGCGGAAACUAUCCUCGCGACAUCAUGGAAGCUAGAGUAGCCGUUAAUGUACUGUAAAGUUUAUUGUUUUCUGCCACCGCGGGAUGUUAGCAAACAAUCCUUGUGUAACAGCGACGGUUUGGCGAAGUUGUUGGAUAACGUUGGGGACGUGAGGCUUUCUCUUGGUCCAAAUGUCACAGAAGGACGAUUCUGAAAAUGACAUUUGGGAGUAUAAACCUCUUCAGAAGAAAAAGAAGAGACAGGAAGCACCGUCUGCACCUGCAACUGUGACUAAAAGAAGAUGCACUAUCAGAAAAACCUUCAAGAGAGACACUUCUGCCUCAGUCAGGACACCUGACAGGAAAGUCAAGACAGCUGAAACUGGACAUUGUAGUAGUGCUGUCAACGGACAAAGCAGCUCUCAGGAACAUAAUCAGCCCUUAAAGUCAUCUCCGACUGGUGACACGGACCUAAUAGACAAUGCUGCUGAGGGAUCAUCCUCUGGAGAGUAUUGCCCUGUGUGUCAGAUGCCCUUUUCUAUUUUGAUGGUACAGAGUCAAAGAUGGCAUGUUGCUGAAUGUCUUGACAUCCCCAGGGACACAUGCAAAGAAUGCCCAGACGGCCUCCAGUGCAUCUCCACCAUUCCUAACCAUUACAAGAAAUUCAACCACACCCUCCUUGCUCAUGGUCGAGCAAACGGUGACAUGGACCUCCUCAGUCUGUCCCAGCAGGCAGACACCAGCGGGAAGACCAACCUCCCAGGACUGAUAAAAAAUAAUGGCUCUAUUUUAGAGUCUUCACAGGAUAGUGCUCUCAGUCUCUCUGCCUUAUCCAAUCGUAGUGUCUCCCCUCACAGUAAUCACACUGGAACACCACCAUCUAAACUUACAAAUGGACUUCUGUUACUGCGCUCACCCGGCCCAGAUGAUUUUAAGAAAAAGAAAGGCUGGUCAACCUCUACUAAAAGCCAAAAAUCUAUCAGUGCUUCCCAGGAGAGUAGAACAGAGCUGUCAUCCACUCCUGUCAAGGCAGAGAGUGCAAGACAAGCCUCUGAAGUUUUACCCAAAAGUGAACCUUCCCCUGACAUCUAUGAUGCAAUAUCAUUUUCUCCUCUUUCUGAGUUCCCCACAGAGACUGAAGUCAAUAAUACUGAAUGCAGAAAAUCCCUUUUUAAUAACGAUGCAUUUGAAAAUGAGGAUGAAAACUCGAUGGAGCUGUUCAGUGACGGUUUGUCAAGUGAAGAUGAGGUCCUCUCUCAAUUUAUAGAUAAUUUGGAUACCAAUAAUGUGCAGGUAAAGGAGCCUGCUUACUUAAACACUCAGCUGGACUCACUCACCUCGUCGCCUCCUGCUAAUCAGCCCGCCCCCUCUGCAGUUGCAGAAAACAGAACUGAUUCCACAGGUGAAAAAGAAGCUCAUUGUAAACCAACCAGUGCUGAAAGUCCAUGUAAAAGCAGCUUUCAGUCUCCACAAAGUAUUGUUUUAGAGCGCCUGAGAGAAACUAUUCUGAGCUCAGAUAGCCCACAUUUGAAAAACUCGAACGACAGCAGUAUUCAAGUGCCUUCAUCACAAACCUCUGUUGUCCAAAGACCUCAAAGCAUGCCGCCACAGAAGGGCAAGGCAGGUCAGGCCUCCUCUCUGAAGCAGACGGACAUUGGGGUGUUUUUUGGCCUCAAACCCCUCAAGGAGAAAGAACCUGAGAGUGGACCAAGUGAAGUCAGCACCACCUCUUUGCUAACACGCAGUGAAAACUCAGGACGGGGACGACAAAGGAGAGAUGGGCAGAGGCGACAAAGAGGAGACAGGCAGGGAAGAAGUAAGGCUGGUACAUCCGCAGAUACCUCACAGGAGGGCACAGUGACUGUAGAUAAUGCGGUGGAUGCUCAGGGAGAAGGAGGGAGAGGCAGGAGUAGGGGAUGGAGACAAGGAAGAUGGAACAGAGGGAACGCUGAUGGAGAGUUGCCACGUUGUCCCUUCUACAAAAAGAUUCCAGGCACAAAGUUUGCCGUAGAUGCCUUUCGGUACGGAGAGGUCCAGGGCGUCACUGCCUACUUCCUAACACAUUUCCACUCGGACCACUAUGGAGGGUUAACCAAGAAUUCCACAUUUCCAAUCUACUGCAAUAAAAUUACAGGCAACCUGGUGAAGAGCAAACUGAGGGUGGCAGAGCAGUACGUCCACAUCCUCCCCAUGAACACCCAGGUCACCGUGGAGGGAGUCAAGGUCAUCCUGCUGGAUGCCAACCAUUGUCCAGGAGCUGCCAUGCUGCUGUUCUUCCUGCCCGAUGGACAGACAGUCCUCCACACCGGAGACUUCAGAGCUGAUCCCUUGAUGGAGACCUACCCUGAGCUACUCAGCUGCAGGGUGCAGACGCUCUACUUGGACACCACCUACUGCAGCCCUGAGUACACCUUCCCCAGGCAGCAAGAGGUCAUCAGUUUUGCAGCCAGCACAGCCUUUGAACUGGUGACGCUCAACCCACGUACACUUGUGGUGUGUGGAUCCUACUCUGUGGGAAAAGAGAAGGUCUUUAUGGCACUGGCAGAGGUCCUGGGCUCUAAAGUGUGCCUCUCUAGAGACAAAUACAACACCAUGUGCUGCCUGGAGUCGGAGCAAGUCAGGCAACAUAUAACCACCGACUGUAAGGCAGCCCAGGUCCAUGUGCUACCCAUGAUGCAGCUCUCCUUCAAAAAACUGCAGGAUUACCUGGCACGCUUCUCGGGACGGUAUGAUCAGCUGGUGGCCUUCAAGCCCACAGGCUGGACCUUUAGCCAGCAGGUGGAAUCGGUGGAAGAUAUUCAGCCUCAGAUCAGCGGCAACAUCUCCAUCUAUGGAGUCCCGUACAGCGAACACAGCAGCUUCCUGGAGUUGAAGCGUUUUGUCCAGUGGCUUCAGCCCCUCAAGAUCAUCCCUACCGUCAACGUGGGCAGCUGGGCGAGCAGGAAGGCCAUGGAGAAGUGCUUCAGCGAGUGGCUCACGGAAACUAAAGCUAACCCGUAGCUUAUUUACAGGUGAACUGCUGGACAUGAAAUUGCCUCUGUAGCUCGUCGGUAAUAAGAGCAAAACCAAUUAAUUCUCAAUCCUGUAUGGCCAUGGGGAACAAAUAUUUAAACACUACUCAUUGUGUUGCUUUUAUUGAAGCUGCUGGCCUCAGACGGCUGAACUCAUAACACUAGCAAUUCAACGCAGAGCGAUGUGAUGAAGCAGGUGAACUGUUUCUUUUCUGAAUAGAAAGGUCAUGUAUACACGCUUGAACCAAUUUAAUAGAAAGGCUCUGCUUUUAUUCACAAUGUGCUCAAUUAAAAUAGAAAACAAGUCUGAAAGCUGCUCAGUGUAAACAGGAUCUGAGGUCGUACACGCAUCAUGUCUACAGUCGGAACUGUCAUCUACAAGUGUUAAACAAUGGAACUGAAAUAAUAGAACUGAAACAAUGCAAUUUCAUAAUUAUCUGUAUUUUUUUUCUAUUUAAU